AUGCCUUCACCACCUCCAAAGAUUGCCAUCUCUCUGGGAGGCAGCGGCAGCGGCUCUCAAAUCAAAAAGCGCACCCGUCCCACCUUCGGCAAACGACACCGCGCCAGCGCAAAUGACCAAAACUACGACGAUUCCGACUCUGACAAUUCCCAGAGCGACAAUGGCCGCUCCGGCAGCAAGCGCAACGGUCGCGCCGAGACCAUCCUGACCUAUGGCGACGACGAGUUUACUUCUUCCUCAUUCAGGUCUCGGAAGGACAGUCACAGGGGCAGCGACAGAGAAAGGGACAGUCGCAGAGACAGAGACGGCCACAGAGAAAGAGAAAGAGAAAGAGAAAGAGAAAGAUCCAGAGACAGGGAAAGAUCCUCUCACAACCGGCGGCGACGACGCUCCCCAUCUUCCUCCCAAACCACCGACCAGCAAGACUCCAAAAAGCCCGUCCAGUGGGGCCUCACCAUCAACCCCAAAUCCACCACCUCCAGAUCCUCCCCCCUCAAGAGAAGCCCCUCUCCGGAUCAGGCUCCAAAGUCCCCCAAAUCUCUCAAUGACGAAGCUCUCGAGUCCCUUCUUGGGGCAUCAUCUCAGCCCAAGAAGCGCAAGCUCAAUCUCGAAUCAGAAGACCCAGACCGCGAACCCCAAGCAGAGGACUACGAGGCCGUGCCUAUCGACGACUUUGGCGCGGCUUUGCUGCGCAACUUUGGCUGGAACGGCCAAAUGCAGGGCAAGGUCAAAGAGGUGAAACGACAUGCUGAUCUCGCAGGCUUGGGCGCAAGAAACUUGAAAGCAGGCGAGGAGACGGGGACUUGGGACCCGAAGGCGGGAAUGCACAAAAAGGAUACGAGGCCGGUUCGUCUCAAUGAUUACCGCAAAGAAGAGGAAAAAAAGCGGCAGCGGCGUGAGGAUCAACGCGGGCAUAACAGUUACAGACGUGAGCUAGAGCGGGAAAGGGAGCAGGAACGUGAGCGAGGCCGAGACAGAUGA